CAAACCCAGAUCUCUCUGGUCAUGUUACAACUUACAACUUACUACAAUACAUUGAUUUGUGACCCCAUAAAUCAUAUUUAGACUCUUUGCAGUUUCACUCCAAUUCCCAUUUCAUAUUUUCAUGUGCCCACAAAGAAAAUUCCCCUUUGCUUUUUGUAUUUGGCUCUAACAAAUACUAAAAAAUUCACUCAAAUUGAAGACUGGAACUUGUACAAUCAUCACGUGUCACGCUCUGCACACCUAGGAUUCACGUUAGCAAUGUUGAAGCAGAGUAGUACUUUCCUUAUUUUCUUCCCAAAGGGGUCCAGUUUGUCUCUUUCUUACUAGGGAAGUUCACAACCUAGGAGAAGAACCCUUUUUCCAAAAGAGGGAAAUCAAUCAAGCAUUUCACAUCUUCUUCUUACACUGUAUUGCAAUAGCCCCACCUGCAAAUGGAGAUCAAAACCAUUGUACUUUACCUGAUUCUGGCGGUUGUGGCUAUAGUGAUUGAUGCGGCUGCGGCAGCACCAAGUGCUCCUGUAACUGCUUAUGCUAAUCACACAGUUGGGAAAGAUGCUGGUUGGUUCUUUAACUCCACCACCAACAAGACUUCCGUUGAUUACUCUGCUUGGGCUGCCACCCAAAGUUUCAAUCUUGGAGAUUAUUUGAGUCUGGUCUUCGAAGUAUGUGUGUCCAUUAGAGCUGUAACCUUUACUAAGCUGAAAUGAUUGAGGGGGCAGGGAAAUGAAGAGUAAGACGCUUGAAAUAACAACUUCAACUGCAUUCAGUUUGGAUAUAAGUAUAUAACUAGAAACAGCCAUUUGAUUCUUCUAUUUGGUGCAAAAUCUGUGACAUGGUUUCAAUUCUUGAAAAUAAGAACCUCGUGUUGUAUCAUUGUUUAUUUACUUAAUAUUUGCCACAAUGGGAUAAGUUUUACGGUCAUGCAUUUUCAAUCCUACUCCGGUCACAGAUCCCAUUAUCUAGUUUAGGUUCCAUUGGGAUCUUAGAAAAUUUGUGCAAGUAAUUCAUCUGCUUCAAUGACUGCAGAAGCAUGAUAAAUGCAAGCGUUUCCUUUGCUUUGCACAAUUCAGAAUGAUCAUUGAGCAUGAUUAUGUCUUCUCUUUCCUUACAUGAGCAAUUGUUCUUCUGCAGUAUUCAAUACGAACACGAACCAAACUGUGAUUCAAACAUACAAUGCAACAACUUAUAAGAACUGCAGCAUAGACGACGCCUUAGACAGUGACACAUUCCAGUACCAAGGAGGAGAGAAUGAGUUUGGGAAGCCAAUAACAAUAGUUGUGGCAUUGACAAAAGAAGGUCCCCAGUACUACUUCUCUGGUGCGGAUGAUGGUAUCCAAUGUCAGCAUGGCAUGGCAUUCGAGAUCAGUGUAGGCCAUGGACUUGGACUGCCUCCAAGCCUGAACCAACCACCUCCUCCACCAUAUGUCGAACCACCAACAACCACAGAGGAAGGGCAGACCCCCACAACCACAAUUGUAUCAAGAUCACCUAACAGCAAUGGUGUGACAAUAGGUGCUCAUCUCUCCUGGAUGGUUUUGAUGUCAAGUUUGGCUUUGUAUCCGUUUGUAGAAAGGGCAUAAAGAUUCCUGCUUGGGAGUUUUUUUUUUUAACUUUUGACUUGAACAAGAUAAAUUCUUUAGUCAUAUAGCAAAGAAAGCAUAUUUUGUCAAAGAAAAAGUAACAAGUUGAAAUCAUUGACACCCAAUACACCAUCUUUUUACAAGUUAUAACAGAUUUCAUUUUCAUAAGAACCCUUUGUGGGGUCAAACUCAAUUCUACACCAUUUGCAAGGCAGUUAAUAUUUUUUUUUCUUUUUUUUUUUUUCCCUUUUCUUAAGCUUACAAUGGUGUCCUGUAUUACUAUUAUAUUGGAUUGACUUAUGGAGAUAAUAGUCUUUAAA